AUGAAGGUGCCACAGCUGUACGUCGUGCCAACGUCGUACCCACAGCACUUGCACCACCUGCCGCUUGGUCUCGUGGUCUGCAAGCUGCGCUGUCGAAGCAUUGCUUACACGUCCGAACGAGUGCAACGAAUUAGCGACCUCGAUGCGCUCGGAUUCCUCUGGCGUCUGUCGUUCAAGAAUGCGACGUUUUGCGUCGUGCACCGGCCGGGCCAGCAAGCGCCCUUGGCUCAAACCGUCGCGUGGUCGGAGCAGAUCGAGGCGCUUCUCGUCUUUCGGCGUCUGCACGGCCACGUCAAUGUGCCCGACGGGUUCAUCGUACCGCCCGAAGCGGACGUGUGGCCGCUUCCGAUGCAUUACGUCGCUCUCGAUCUCGCGCUCGCGUCGCUGCGCGCGUAUGUCUACGAGCUACCCGAGGCCGACGCCGACCGGCUCCGUGAGGCCGGUUAUUUUGCCGAUCUGCCCGACUUUUGCUCGUUUAUUGAGCUGCUCGCCAUCUACCGCGACGAAUUUGGCUCUUGCGCCGUGCGCAUCGACUUUGUCGUUCCUCGGAUGGGCGGUCUCUGGAUCAACGCCUGGCGCGGCUUGGCCCUCGGCGAUCUUGCGUGGUCGGUCGGCUUGAAGGCUCGGGCGCUCAAGGCUGCACAGCACGACGACCUGCAACUAGCCGGCUUUGUCUUCAACGUCGACGCGACGUGGGCCAACAUCGUACGUGGUCUCGAGCACUUUCGAUCUCUGUACGGUCCACUGGCGGUCCCAACGAGCUUUGUGGCUCCAGCUACGUGGCCGAGCGACCUCGCCGGACUGCGCCUUGGACACUAUGUCGAGCGCAUGCACACGGCCAAGCGACUGCGUCUGCUGCCACAUACCACAGCAUCAACCUUUGCAGCGCUCACGCAGAUUCCGCCCGUCGCCUCAUCGUUGUGGGCACCCCCGCGCGAUGCAAACGCACGCGUUGAGGUUCUGCAGCAGCUCCGAGACGUUGUGCGGGUCGUCCGUGACGUCCAUAUUGCCGUGCCAGACGAAUUUGUCGUGCCCGCGAGUGGCUCUGCGUGGCCAGCAGACAGUGGCGGCGUUCAGCUGGGUGUGCGUCUGCGCUGGUUUUGGCAACACAAGCAACUCUCGCUGCCCGUGUGCGACGAGAUCCGCGCUCUCGGCGUCCGAGUCGCCAACCGCAGCGCCAUCACGGAUGAGCUGCCACCCACCGCGCCAGCACCGAAGUCCCGCACUUGGACGACCCACGACAUGAUGUGCGCCCUCGGUUUCUAUCGACUUUUGCGCGGGUCGGCUCGCGUGCUCUUGUCGUAUCCGGUUCCGAUAGCAUCGCCAUGGCCGCCGCAGCUCCAAGGUGUCCCAGUCGCCGUCUUUGCAAAAAACCUUCGCUAUUAUCCCCGAGUGCUCGACGACAAACUCGAGGUGCAGCUCAAGCUCGUGGGCUUCUCGUGGCCGACGUUUUGGGUUCCGUCUACCCGCUGCGUCAAGCGUACGACGCGCGAUGCACUUGCUGUCGGGAUGGUCCCGAUUGCUGCGCAGGUCGCAGCCCUUCAUACGUAUCAGUGCCUGGUCGGCGACGUGCUUGCGAUGCCAAAGGGCUUUGCUGUACCUCUGAACGACGCCGCUUGGCCAGCUGGCAGUAGCGGCAUUGUGCUCUCGUAUGUGCUUCCGUCGCUGCGAUACCACUGGUUUGAGCUCGCACCAGAAGACGAGGCAACCGUCCGAGCGUUGGGUCUCUUUACUGACGUUCCGCCCUUUGACGUCUUUGUCCAGCUGGCCUUUCGUCUCUCCUGCGAUGGCAAGACGACCGUACCGCUGGACUUUGUGGUGCCCGCCGAAUGGUCGGCGUCGUGGCGUGGCGCACCGCUGGGCGAGCUCGCGUGGUCGCUCGGUGUGCGCAUGGCGCAUCUCAAACUCGCCAAGUCAAACCAGCUGGUGGCGAUCGGCUUCGAGUUUAACUCGCCUGCGACGUGGGCGCACAUCGUGGACGGAUUGCGCACGUACCACUCGCUCUGCGGCUUGACGGACGUGCCAGAGGACUUCCUCGUGCCUCAAACUGCCAGUUGGCCGAAAGACAUGCACGGCAUGCGCCUCGGCCAUUGGGUCAAGUUGCUCGUCUCGGCAAGAGAGCUCUACUUGCUGCCGGCCACGACCACCACCGCAAUCGAUGCCAUCGGAGCCGAUGCUCCAAUGCCAGAAGCUGUGUCAAUAUCGGUGGGCGUGAACGCGGCGACGCCCGCCAUCUCUGCGGCCGCAACCAAUGAUACCAUCGGAGCUGACGCUCCGCCGCCAGUAGCUACAACAUUGUCAAGCGACGAGAACUCGGCGGCGCCAGCCAUCCUUGCCUCGGCAGCCACCACCACGGUCGUCCAACCAGCCGUCAUCGAUGCGCCGUUGCCAGUAGUCGUCGCUGCGCCGUUGCCAGUAGUCGUGCGACCGUUGCCAGUCGUCAUGCCACAGUUGCCAGCAGUUGUACCUCUGCCAAGCGUCGCUGAGGAGCAGCCGGCAGUACAAGCAGCUCCCGCGCUCGCUGUUGACGCCGACACGAACGAGCGCUGCGACCACCUCGUUGCGCUGGAUCUGUGGCUCCACGCGACGCCACGCCCGAGCGAUUUGACGCUCCUCGGCUCUUUAUCGCCAGCUUGUCCGGUCGCACUGCAACCAUUGUCGGUGGGCGCAUUUUUGCUCGAGCUCGAAGUCGGACAAGCGUUUACGCAUCUGCAGUCGGCCCUCGACGAUCGGCAAUUCGACCGCCAAGCUCGGUGGGCGAUCAAGUUCCAGGCGCUCGCUAUGUUCAAGGCGUUCAACGGGCAUUUGGACGUACCUCGUACGUUCACAGUCGAUGCCAAUGCCACCUGGCCAGCGCCAACACACGGCCUACGACUCGGCGACGUUGUGUUUGGGUUGCGCCGCCUCACAACAGCCGAGGUCGUACCGGCGAUUGUUGCUCAGCUUGAUGCACUUGGCUUUGGAUGGGCCGCUUUGCCCGUGGCCGUCGCGACCGACGCUGCAUUACUGCCCGCGCCGGAGCCGCCAGCGUCCAUCGUGGAAGCAGUGCCAGUGGCUCCCGUGCAAAACGCGACUGCCUCGGCUCGGGGCGCCUCGUCCAGUACUCCCGCCGACGUGAAAGGUGGCUUUGAUCGUGACGACGACAAGCAGAUCGACAAGACGGCCAUCAAACGCAGCAAGCCGAGCAAACGCAAGUGCUACGAAACCAUCGAUCUCUGCAGCACCGAUGACGACGACGACAACGACAACGACGGAGACGACGGCGCGGGAAUCGACUACGACGUCAAAGACGACGGCAUCAUCGAUGCGAUGCCGGUGCAGGCGAUCCGCACCAACGUCCGCCGCCGCCGCCAAAACAAUACGGAGACGACGGCGUCCGUUCGGCGCCGACUCGCAAAUGAGUGGGGCCCACCUCGUGGCCACCAUGUCUUUAUGCCAACGCAGCCCAUCGACGACGAGUUUCCGUGGCGCAGUUGUCUCGGCGAACUCCGUCGGUUCUUUAUCAAGCACGAGCACUCGAACGUCCCGUUCACGUACGUAUCGGAAGAGAACAACGUGCCGCUGGGACGCCUCGUGCACCAGCUGCGGCAAAGUCAAAUUUACUUGACAGAGUCCCAUCUGGACGAACUGCGGGCAUUGAAGUUCAUGUGGCAGCUUUUCGAUUAA